AUGUAUUAUUCAUCUGACGCUCAACAAACACAACGCAAACGUACAUUCCGUAAAUUUAGCUAUCGAGGUGUUGAUUUGGACCAAUUGUUAGAUUUAUCUUCUGAACAAUUUAUGGACCUCGUUCACUGUCGAGCCCGUAGACGGUUCCAACGUGGUUUGAAACGUAAGCCCAUGGGUCUCAUCAAGAAACUUCGCAAGGCCAAGACCGAAGCUCCUUCUGGUGAAAAACCUGCUACCGUGAAAACUCAUUUGCGUAACAUGAUUAUUGUCCCUGAAAUGAUUGGUUCUAUUGUUGGUGUGUACAACGGCAAGACCUUUAAUCAAGUGGAAAUUCGUCCUGAAAUGGUCGGUCAUUAUCUUGGUGAAUUCUCUAUUACCUACAAACCUGUUCGUCACGGUCGUCCUGGUAUUGGUGCCACUCAUUCUUCCCGUUUUGUUCCUCUCAAGUAG